AUGCUGGUCGGUCCACUACUACGCCUCCCCCAAGCGGGACUGCGUCGUAUGGCCCAUUAUAAGCCGCAUUUCAACCCGGCAAAACGCGAACUUCGCGUUCAAAGCUUACAACUAAACAUUGAUCGAGCCAAAUAUUUCUCUACAACUCUCUCUCAAUGUCAAAGCGAUGCUCUGGGCCGGACCCGCAAUAUCGGCAUUAUUGCCCAUAUUGAUGCGGGCAAGACUACAACAACGGAGCGCAUGUUAUUUUACAGUGGAUUUACUCGUCGCAUUGGUGAUGUGGACGAGGGAUCAACUGUCACUGAUUUCUUACCUGCUGAAAGGGCGCGUGGUAUCACGAUUCAGUCCGCUGCUAUUACUUUCCACUGGCCUCCUGGUGAUGGCGCUGAGGGCCAAGCUGCUCCAAAAGACCCUGCCCUGCCUCGGUCGGCUAAUUCUCAUACAAUUAAUCUCAUUGAUACCCCUGGACACGCGGAUUUUACCUUUGAGGUGAUGCGGUCUUUGCGUAUUCUAGAUGGAGCUGUUUACGGUGUCGCUGGUGUUGAGGCACAAACGGAGCAAGUCUGGAAGCAGGCCAGCACUUAUAACAUCCCUCGAGUCAUCUACGUCAACAAGCUGGAUCGUGAUGGUGCUGCUUUUGGCCGAACAGUGCGAGAAGUUAGCUCUCGGUUGUCAGUGUACCCAGCCGUUUGUCACAUCCCCUGGUUUCAAGGUGGUAAUGGGUCAUUUAUUGGCUUGGCAGAUGCUGUGAACCUUCAAGGUCUACGAUGGAAGGAAGGUGAAGAUGGCCGUUCAGUCAAAAUGUUGACUCUCGAGCAACUGGAUGCGGAAGAGCCAUCCUUGGCGGAAGAGCUCCGGAAAGCACGUAUCGCAUUAGUUGAGCUUCUAAGUGAGCAAGAUGAGAACAUUGUGGAGAAAUUCUUCGAAUGCGAUGAGGAUCAUCUAGCAGUUUCUCCCAUGGAUAUUGUGGACAGUUUGCGGCGAUGCGUGCUGGACCCCACGAGUCGAAUCGUGCCUCUUUUCGCGGGUGCCAGUUUUCGGAACAUGGGCGUUCAACCACUACUAGAUGCCGUAGUGAACCUUCUGCCCAGCCCACCGGAGGCACCAGAUCCCGAAGUGAGCAUUGGUGAUGUCAAAGGAGGGUUGCGUCGUCUACUCUCAGGUGAUCUAAUCUUGGAGCAGACGGAGCAAGUUUUCGCAUCUUCCAAGGGCAAGAAAAAGAAGAAGAGCGCUGUACGGACCAAUCCCAAAGAUGCAGUCGCCAAACUUCAGAGCUGCGCGUUGGCAUUCAAAGUGGUCAAUGAUGCUAAACGAGGCGUGUUGGUCUAUGUCCGUGUCUAUUCCGGAUCGCUUGACCGUAACAGUCUGCUCUUCAACACCAAUCUUCAUCUAUCCGAGCGUGCACCUCGCCUGUUGAAGAUGUAUGCCAAUGAUGCUGUGGAAGUGGACUCCAUCCCUGCAGGUCAUAUUGGUGUUGUAGUUGGUCUUAAACAUGCCCGAACUGGUGACACGUUGCUUUCCUAUGCAGGAAACAAGCCUACUCCUCCUGAGCCUCUGACUACUCUCCAAUUGCGUCCAAUUGAUGUCCCUCCUCCAGUUUUCUUCACUAGCGUGGAACCCCAUAGCUUGAGUGAAGAGAAGCGGAUGCAAGAAUCUCUUGACCUUCUCUUGAGAGAAGACCCUAGUCUGCAUGUUAGUGUAGAUGAGGAGUCAGGUCAAACCCUGCUUAGUGGAAUGGGAGAACUGCACCUUGAGAUUGCCCGUGAUCGUUUAAUCAAUGACAUGAAAACCAAGGCGUCCAUGGGUCGUAUUGAGAUCGGGUACCGAGAAUCCGGCAUGGGAGUCUCGGGUCCAGUUACCAAGAUCUUCGACAAGGAUGUGGCCGGUCGCCGAGGAAAGGCAGGUUGCACAGCUACGGUCGAACCAUUUGACGGAGAAACUCCUGCAGACAUGGCAGAUGAAGAUGUACUCAUGUCUGAGACAAUCGAGGGCAACCACAUUAUCAUCCGUGCUCCAGGCUUACAAGUGGAACGCGUCAGAGAUGAAGAAGAAACCAGUCCCUUCCUUCCACCAGGCAUGGACCUGAACACUCUUCGAACAGCAGUGCAAAAUGGUGCAUUGGCUGCACUGGCUCGAGGCCCUCAAUUUACAUUCCCAAUGCAUAAUACCCAGGUCACCCUCACAAUCAACCCUGCAGAGCAUCUGUUUGGUGGUGAUAGUACCACCUCUGCCCUCUCUUCUGCUGCGCGCCAGGCCACAUCGGCCGCACUCCGGGAUCUCAUCACUGGACCUGGUACAGUUAUGAUGGAACCUGUUAUGAAUGUCAUCAUCAGUGUUGAUGAGGCGAGCCUUGGUUCCGUUGUGCAUGACAUAUCCUCUUCACGUGGUGGACACAUUCUUUCGCUGGACGAAGAUGUAUCAUUCUCCGCCAUUGAUGCUGAACCUCUGCCCUCUAUUGAUCCAAAGCGUGUAUAUGCCCCAGCUGAUCCAUUCGAGACAUCUUCCGUUGGCACGGAAGUCUCAGUGACAGCUUCGCGACAGCGUACUAUUACUGCGAAGGUACCUCUCAAGGAGAUGGUUGGAUACUUGAAGCAUCUCCGCAGUUUGACUGCUGGCCGGGGUACUUUUGUUAUGAGCGUUGAUCGAUUUGAGAACAUGUCUGCACAACGACAAAAGGCUGUUUUGGCCGAGCUACGAGGUGGCUUUUAA